CAUUGUUAAUCGCAUUAAAAUUCUAUAAAGCUACUUUAUUUUUAGCUUAAGCUGGGAGAAAGGAUACGACUGGCUAGUUAAAUGGAGUACGACAGAUCAUCCACUAGUAGGUCUGGAGAGAGACCGGUGACACGAUGGAGGAGGGAGCAGGAUUCUAAUGACAAACAGCGAUACUCUCCUGAAAGUCCAAUGUCAGUGAAAUCUUAUGGUAAAAUGGAACGUCCAACGUCUCGUAGAGGUUUCAAAACCGAUAUAACGGAGUAUGGGAUUUCUAGACCACCGACUAGUGGCAGAAACGUUUUGUCUCGUCCACCCUCCACUGGCAUUAUGAUUAAUAGAGUGCCAACUGCUGCCCCUAGAAUUAACACAUCUAGCUCAGCCAGCUUGGCACGUACAAAUUCAGGUGUAUUUAGGAAUUUUGCACAACCAAAUGCCAAGCUUCUCGAUCGUCCGGUUAUGCAACAAGGAUUAGCAGGUAUUCCUACCGCUUCGUCGAAAGGUGUUCCUAAAUUAACAAGGCAAAUUCAAGAUAAAAGGCACUAUGAGCAAAUAUUACAGCAAAAAAUUCGAGAAUUAAACAAUGAAAUUGAAGUGAUAACGCGCCAAGUUGAGAAAGAAAAUAGCGAAGAUAGGGCACAAAUGGAUUACGAUCAGAAAACAAAUGAUUUUAACGUCGAAUUCAAUAAAUUGCAAGAGCAAAUUAAUGAGCAUUACGUUGCUUUUAAUAAAACCGUAUUGGGCUCCAAUAAAGAUGAGAUAAUGAGAGAAGUAAAAGAACUUAAGGAAUUCAACGAUCGCGAAGAAGUCGAAAUGCAGAAAAUUUUUCAAAAGCGUGAGCAGGCUGAAAAAAGAUUAUCCGAAUUAAAUAAAGAAAUUGAAUCUAAGAGAAACGUAGCUGAAAAGAUGCUAGGGGAUAUGUCUCUGGAAAUGAGAUCUAAAUAUGACGAGCUUCUUAAAAAUAAGACUGAUGUGCAAAAAGAAAUAAAUGUACUGCAAAAAUAUCAAGCUCAAUUGUCCGAUGAGAAAUUUAAAAUACAGCAAAAAUUUGUUCUUUCACCAAUGAAACAAGAAGCGUACAAGUUAUAUCUUAAAAUUGUGGAAGGUGAAAGGAAGAGGGAUAAAGUUUUAGAACAACUAAGGAACAAUUCAACAGUUGAAAAUAAAAAGAUCAACCAAGAAAAUUUGGAUGCCUCCUCAGCUGAGAAGCAAAUCAUAGAAAUAGAAAAAAAAAUUGCUGAUGCCGAAGAAGAAUUAUUACAACUGGAAAUAAAUCCAGAUGAAAUUCAGACGGAAAAAUCAGUAAAGCAUAACGAGUAUCAUAAGCAAGAAGAAAUUAUGGACAUUUUUCGAUCAUCGCUGGUAAAAAGUAAAGCGGAGGAACUUAAUAGAUUAAGCCACUUACAGGAAGAGAUAAUAGAGCAUUUAGAACAGAUAUCGAAUAAUGUAACCGAAAGUAUGGACAGCAAUAUAUUUAUGUCGGAUGAAACGGACAUGCUUAAAUCAUUAAUGAAUCAGAACUUCAAUGAUAGAAAUGACAAAAGUUUUGAAGAAUUGAAACAAGAUAAUAAUAAGCUUCAAUUAAUUUUGAAUAAAUUAAAAUCGUUAGAAACAAAAAUAAAUGUGGAGGUAAAUGAUUACGAAGGCAAAGCUGAAGUAAUAUAUAAUGAAACAGCUAAAAGAGAUUCAAUUAUUUAUGAUUUUGAUAAAGAACAACAAAAAGAAUUGUCUAUGCUGAACGAUGAGCCAGCUAUCCAAAAGGAAAAGGAUAAUAAAUUAAGACAGCUAAUUGAGGAGAAUGAAAUUUAUCGCUCGAUCAGUAUUUUAGAAGAUAAAUUAGAAAGAAUUACAAUUGCUAAUGGACAAAUACCACAAUCUAAUCAAGAAGAGAAUGAAUUAGACAAAGACGAUGAUUAUUCAUCGUUACAAAAUAAAUUAUAUAAGUUGAUGGCUCGGCUUACAAGUAGACUUUUACUGGGCUCGUCUACAAAUUUAUUAACUGGCUACAAAAUCAUUUAA